AUGGCGGAAUGCGCCAAUACACUGUACGCUCAAUGGCUUAGCGAGAUGAUGGAAGAGCCACGCAUUGCCAAUGGCAAGGCACUACCAACUUACCGAAGGGCCUUGAGAGCAAUCAAGGAGUGCAAGGUUGUUAUGCAGCAUGCUUCUGAGGCGGAAGACCUCAAUGGUAUAGGCAAGAACAUCUGUAGAGCGCUCGAGGAAAAACACAACAAAUACUGUCUGGAGAAUAACCUUCCUUUGCCUCAGAAGCAUCGAAAAAGAGCCAGAAAUAUCAUUGGAGCGGAAGAUCCCGAAGCAGAUAUUGCAGACUCGUCUCGAGACCAGCCUCCUGCUAAGAAGCGUAUAAAGAAACAAUACGUUCCUAACUACCGCAGCGGAGCCUAUGCAUUGAUGAUGGCACUCAGCGAACUCGAAAAGUUUGCAGAGAAGGGCUUACCCAAGGAAGAGCUGAAACACCGUGCGCAGCCCUACACUGACGCAAGCUUUUUUGUUGCGACGGACAACACGAAGUACUACACAGCAUGGAAAAGCAUUGAUACUUUGCUGCAGAAGGAGUACGUCUGUGUAAAAGGGCAUCCUACAAAACGUUAUUGCCUUACUGACGAGGGCUGGGCUGCUGCCGAUCAGAUGCGAAUGGGCGAAGCUACACAAAACAGCACAGAGCAGGCAGGUCCAUCCAAAACCAAGAACAAGAACAAACCAGUCUCGACGUCAACCUCGACAUCUCAAUCCAGCAAGGUGACCGCCACGACUGGAGUUGUCGAUCUAAGCUCGGAUUCCAAACUUGAGUCAGAAGUCCAGAAUACACCGUUACCGAAACUGAUACCGAUUAAAGAUAGCGGCCCUUCUGCAACGAAAUCUGCUUCCGCUGCGACUCUCAAUUCGAAGCCCAUCAUCCUUCAACCAGGGACUUUCGAGGUUAAGCUUUUGCUGGACACUCGAGAAAUCCAAGCAAAGAAAAAUCGAGACUACAUAGCUGGUGAGCUUCUCAAACAGGGUAUCGACGUCGAGACGCGUGCUUUGCCUCUAGGCGAUGCUGUAUGGGUAGCCAAAGUCAAUACUGCAUGCGCGCCAGCAUUCCGUUUGCAGAACAUCAAUGAUGACGAUGAGGGAAGCGACGAAGUCGUCCUUGAACAUGUCGUUGAGCGCAAGCGUCUUGACGAUCUGCUUCAUAGUCUCAAAGAUGGCAGAUAUCACGAGCAGAAAUUUCGUCUCAGGAAAUCUGGCAUGAGGCAUGUUACUUAUCUCAUUGAGGACUAUAGCUUGCCCUCGGAAACCCAAGCUCAUUGGGCGCAAUCCAUAGAAAGUUCUCUGGCACAAAUGCAAGUCGUUGAUGAUAUUUUCGUCAAACGUACUGCAAAGACGGACGACAGCAUUAAAUACUUAGCACGCAUGACGAGGUCGCUAAAGAAAAUGUAUGAGCACAAAGAACUUCAUGUUCUGCCCUCGAUGUCCUUGGAUGUUGCAAUGCACCACAAAACACUGCAGAUCCUGCGCGAGAAAUCCCCCAUCAGUACAUUCUGCAUCACUUUCUCUGCUUUCUGCUCUCUUUGCGACAAAUCUGACAGCUUGACAUUACGCGAUCUAUAUCUGAAGAUGUUAAUGUGCAUGCGUGGUGUGACUGGCGACAAAGCGAUUGAGAUUCAGAAAAUCUGGCCAACCCCCAAUGCGUUCAUUGAAGCGUAUAGUGAUCUCGGUCCGGAUGCAGCAGCCAAAAAGAAAAUGGUCAGCGAUCGUCUUGCGAAGCAGAUCUCGCGAAAACAAAUUGGUCCAACAUUGAGCGCAGGUAUUGCUGAAGUUUGGGGCAAGUGA